AGUGUAGCCAAACAGCUUUGAAAGUUGAAUUAUUUGACAGUUGGCUAAAUGUGGAAUGUUAAGUUUGGUUAUAAGGUUUAAAAUCAAUUUUAGUUUUUGUUCGUUUUUAAUUUUAGUAAUUUUGAUAAUGCCCAAAGCAGCACCAAAAAGAAAAGCCGCAAACGGCUAUAAAUUAGCUGAACCGUUACCAUUAGGGGAAGUCCUACAAGAUAUAUCUAAAAAGCAAUGGAAACUUGGUUCAUCCAUUGGACAAGGUGGUUUCGGCGCAAUAUAUUCAGCCAAAGAAGCAACAGACAAUAGUAAUAAAUACCCUUAUGUUAUAAAAAUAGAACCUCAUUCAAAUGGACCUCUAUUUGUUGAGAUGCAUUUUUACAUGAGAAAUUGCAAAAAAGAAGACGUGGAUGAAUUUAAGAGGAAAGCAGGUUUGAAAACAUUAGGAAUUCCUCUAUAUUUGGGGUCAGGAUCUCAUGAAUACUGCCAAGAGAAAUACAGAUUUGUUGUGAUGGAAAAAUUUGGAACAGAUGUAUGGAAAAUUUUUUUAGAAAAUAACAAACUAUUUCCCGCUUCGACAGUUUUUAAAAUAGCAAUACAAAUGUUGGAUGCUCUGGAAUACAUCCAUAGUAGAGGCUACGUUCAUGCCGAUCUUAAAGGGGCAAAUAUCUUGAUGGGAUCCACCAAAGAUACGCUUAAUAAACAAUUAUACCUUGUAGAUUUUGGUCUAGCUACUAAGUUUAAUGAUGAUUCCGUGUUUAAACCUAACCCUAAGAAGGCUCAUGAUGGUACAAUUGAAUAUUUAAGUAGGGAUGCUCACCAAGGAGUUCAAACGAGAAGGGGUGAUCUUGAAAUUCUAGCUUAUAAUAUGAUACAAUGGUUAGGCUGUGUUUUACCAUGGGAAAAGAAUUUAAAAGAUCCCAAUGCAGUUUAUAAAUCAAAAGACACUUGUAUGUCUGAUGUGUCUAAAUUUAUGAAAACUUGCUUUGGUACAAAAUCACCGCCAGCUCCACUAGUAGAAUUCCUGAAUUAUUUAGUUACUCUAAAACAUAAUAUGAAGCCAGAUUAUAAAAAAAUUAGGAAAAUAUUUUUGAAAGGUUUGGAUUCUACCGAUUCCCUCGAACAACCAUUUAAAUUUACCAAAACCAAGACUUCUAAAAAGUUGUUAGCUCCAUCACCCAAGAGAAAAGUACAAAAGAAAAAACCAACUUUCGAAUCAUCUCAAAGCGAUUCGGAAGAAAAUGAUACUGAUAAUCCACCUUCACGGAAAACUCCAAUUAAAGAAAACAAAUUAACACAGUCUGUUAGGAAAUCUCCCAGAAAACAGUUGUUAGCUCCACCACUUAAGAGAAAAGAGCAAAAGGAAACAGUAAUUGUCGAUUCAUCUCAAAGUGAUUCGGAAGAAAGUGAUACUGAUAAUUUACCUUCACAAAAAACGCCAAUUAAGGUAAACGGAUUAACACAGACUCUUCGGAAAUCUCCCAGAAAAAAAGUUGUUCCAGAAUCUUCAGAGAACCAAGAAGUUAGUGAUAUGGACGUAGAUGAAGAUGUUGCUGAUUCACCUGCAGUCAAAGCAACAGUUAAAAGAAAACGCAAGGGUAUAGUUGUUCAAAAUUUGAAAAGGAAGUCUCCAAAAAAAGAAGACGUUUCCGAGUCUUCUGAAGAUGAAAAAGAGAAUGAUAUAAAUCUAGACGUCAAUAUGGAAUUAAAUGAUUCUGAUGGCAGUAGUGAAGGUCAUGAAGAGGUUAUCACAAACGCUAAACCGAAAAUAAAACAAACAAAUCGUGUUAAGAGUACAGCGAAACCUAAAUCCAUACCUAAAGAAGGUGUUAACUUGAAUGGAUACACAGCUGCGAUGCGUGAAAUUUUGCAAAAAAAAUUGGAAAAAGAGAAAAAUAAGAAAAAAACGAGCAGUACAUCAGAAGAAUCGACGGUUGAUGAUAUGGCAGGUUAUACUGAUACUAUGAAAGAAAUAAUUUUGAAGAAGCAACAGAGGCUUGCGAGAAAAGGAAAAGGAAAAUAAGACUGGGAUGUACUGUGCGGUAUUUUUAUUUCUUUCAGAAAAUGUUUUUUUUUAAUAACUAUUACUUUAUAAGUAAUUUAUUGUACUGAUUAUUCUAAUUUAAAAUAAAGUUUACUCAAUUUUUUAACACGUUCCAUACCUCAAAAGAACUUUUGAAAAUAUAUAUUUUUUUAUUCAUAA